AGCGACCACCAGGGCAAGGAGCCGACACCCUGGGUCAGUCCCAAAUUCGCGAGCGGCUGUGGGCUGGAGGUGGUUUCGGACAUGGUGGCGAGCGGGACGACGGGGAAACCCUAGGAGCGGUCCGAUUUCACAGACGACAGCGGCCUGAGGAGGGUUUUGACUACAAAAUUUCACCCAAUCCCUCAGCCCUAGAUGACAAUUUUCUGCUACAUGCUUCAAGCUUCAAGGGGUUCAAUCGGCCGCGCCGCCGCUGGGACGACGGGUGCGUUGAUGCCGGCGACGGCGGCACAUACCGACACCGAAUGGAGGCGCCUGUUUUGGACAAGUUGCACUUACCUGUGAGCAAAUUCCGGCAUGUUGAGGCGAGCUGCGGUCGGAACGAUGUUCGUCGCGUCGCUGAGGAUGCCGACGACUACCAUGGUCGCGCCGCCUGGCCGCAGGAACAAACCCUAGGCGAUUUCCGGCGGCGAGAAAAGCAGAGGCCCGAUGGAGGUCUAGCAGCGGCAUGGGAAUUUCACGGUCGACGCGCCGCUGAGAAUUUUUCCACCGCCGGCGACCACGAUUGGCGACAACACGUGACCGAUUUUGCCGACAGCGAGGGCCGCGAAACUCGACGGAGCCAGCCCUGGACAGCGGUGAUUUUUGGCGGGUCUGGUUUUCGCGAUUGGCGGCGCGCCGGUGACGGCGGCCGCGAUGCGUGGCGAGGCACCAAGAGUGACGCUGGGGGCGCUCCAUUUCUCGGAGUUCGCAGAUGUGCGAUUCAGUCGAUCAGAAUUCUUAAACCUCGGCCCACGGGGUGGAUGACUACGCUCGUUGAAAUCCUUGAGCCGUGA